AUGGCGGUGAAGGCAGUGAGGAGGAGGAGGCAAGGAGGAGAAGGCAAGGAGGAGAAGGCAAGGAGGAGAAGGCAAGGAGGAGAAGGCAAGGAGGAGAAGGCAAGGAGGAGAAGGCAAGGAGGAGAAGGCAAGGAGGAGAAGGCAAGGAGGAGAAGGCAAGGAGGAGAAGGCAAGGAGGAGAAGGCAAGGAGGAGAAGGCAAGGAGGAGAAGGCAAGGAGGAGAAGGCAAGGAGGAGAAGGCAAGGAGGAGAAGGCAAGGAGGAGAAGGCAAGGAGGAGAAGGCAAGGAGGAGAAGGCAAGGAGGAGAAGGCAAGGAGAAGAAGGCAAGGAGAAGAAGGCAAGGAGAAGAAGGCAAGGAGAAGAAGGCAAGGAGAAGAAGGCAAGGAGAAGAAGGCAAGGAGAAGAAGGCAAGGAGAAGAAGGCAAGGAGAAGAAGGCAAGGAGAAGAAGGCAAGGAGAAGAAGGCAAGGAGAAGAAGGCAAGGAGAAGAAGGCAAGGAGAAGAAGGCAAGGAGAAGAGGGCAAGGAGAAGAGGGCAAGGAGAAGAGGGCAAGGAGAAGAGGGCAAGGAGAAGAGGGCAAGGAGAAGAGGGCAAGGAGAAGAGGGCAAGGAGAAGAGGGCAAGGAGAAGAGGGCAAGGAGAAGAGGGCAAGGAGAAGAGGGCAAGGAGAAGAGGGCAAGGAGAAGAGGGCAAGGAGAAGAGGGCAAGGAGAAGAGGGCAAGGAGAAGAAGGCAAGGAGAAGAAGGCAAGGAGAAGAAGGCAAGGAGAAGAAGGCAAGGAGAAGAAGGCAAGGAGAAGAAGGCAAGGAGAAGAAGGCAAGGAGAAGUUAA